AUGAAGAAGAAUGAAAAGAUAAGAAGGGAUAAUGACUGGAAACGAAGUGAACAACUGAAGUUCAAUUUCCACAAAUGUGAAUAUGAACCUAUAUGGGAGCACGCAAAGCAAAUGAACUACGUACGUUGUGAUUUUUGUAAAAGUCAUUACGGUAGAGGUGCUGUUGCUUGGUUUAUACAAAGAACAAUAUCAAAUUCAAGUGACUGUAUUGAUAAGUUGCAUACAGUUCCAUGUCAUAAUAUCAUUGCCGGUGGCUUGACGCAAGAUUUAUAUGAAAAUUAUCGAGUUCCACCAUCAAGUUGCGCAGGUUUAUUUGGUGCACCAAUGCCUAUCGAGUUCAUAACGCCUGAGCAAGAUAUUCGAGCUCCUCAGACGACGAAUAAAUUAAUUAAAGAAAAAUACAUGAAUACUAUAGUUCUUGCAUCUGCAUUACACGUCAAAUGUCCACGAUGUAGUGUUCGUUCAGGCUGGCAUUCGUAUGUUUUAUAG